UUCCUUUUUCACGCUUCCACAAACAUUCUCUCCCUCCCCCUCUCCUUUUAAUCCCCAUUGGUGGCUUUUGAGUUUCCACUCCAGCCCAACCAACGCAGCGAUAGAGCACCGAAACCAACACUAAAGCUCCCACACCGGGUUUGCCCAAGAUUCUUGGCUAAAUUUGGCAAAAUGGCGCCCCCACUGGACCUGUCCUUCUCUUAUUAGCCUAAUUUUCUGCUUUUCUCACAUAUAACAACAACUUCCUUGCCUUUUCUGAAGAAGAAAAAGUGGGAGAACUCAUCAAGAAUUUGAGUGAUGGCUCGGGAGAAGAUUCAGAUCAAGAAGAUUGACAACGCCACAGCGAGGCAGGUGACGUUUUCAAAGAGAAGAAGAGGGCUUUUGAAGAAGGCCGAGGAGCUCUCAGUUCUCUGUGAUGCAGAUAUUGCUCUUAUUAUCUUCUCUUCUACCGGAAAGCUCUUUGAAUAUGCUAGCUCAAGCAUGAAGGAAAUCUUAGAAAGGCACCGCUUGCACUCCAAAAAUCUUGGCAAACUAGAACAGCCCUCUCUUGAGUUACAGCUAGUGGAGAACAGCAACUACUCCAGGUUGAGCAAGGAAAUAGCAGCAAAAAGCCAUCAACUUAGGCAGAUGAGGGGAGAAGAACUUCAUGGAUUAAAAUUGGAAGAACUGCAACAGCUGGAGAACUCACUUGAAUCUGGAUUGGGCCGCGUGAUUGAGAAAAAGGGUGAAAAGAUUAUGACAGAGAUCACUGAGCUUCAGAAAAAUGCCGUCCAGUUGAUUGAGGAGAAUGAACGCUUAAGACAGCAAGUGGUGGAAAGAACUGAUGGCAGACGGAGGCAUGUUCAUGCUGAUUCAGAGAACAGAAUUACGGAGGAGGGCCAGUCAUCAGAGUCCGUAACCAAUCUCUGUAACUCUAAUAAUGCUCCUCAAGACUAUGACAGCUCAGAUACGUCUCUCAAGUUAGGGCUACCUUAUUCUGGUUGAUUGGAAGUAGAUUGUGGUAAAUUUGUGCGCGUCAACAAAGGAACAUGCCUAUUCUCUAGGGAAAUUUAACUUGAUGUAAAAUGAGAUGAAAUGUAAUCGAACUGUUAAGAAAAGGUGCAUAUGAUGUAUUAGAACUUUGGGUUAGAUCUCUGUGAUGUUUCCAAUCAUUGAUAAAAGUACCUGUUUUCCUAGUCA